CCUCCCCUAUAUAAACCCCUCUCACUCUUCAUGCUGUUAUCGCCCGCCCUCCAAAACACAGGUCACAGCCCUUCAACUGCAAGUCCAUAAAAAACCUUAAACAAAAACUCUCAGCUUUUAGAGCCAUGCUUCCAGGUGAGAUCAUCUCAGGACUCCACUACUUCGAAUCUGAAAUCCCACUUCGAAAUCCCUCCGACUAUGCUUUCAUGCACAACCAAAUCCCCUCCCACCAUUUCAACACCUUGUUCAACAACUUAUCCCAUCAAAUCCCUCCUCCUCCAGGCCAUGACUUCACUCAACAAUCCUCCAGCCUCAGCUACAACUCCAGCACCUCCGACGACGCUGAAGAACACCACCACCUCAGAGUCAUCGAAGAGAGGAAGCAGAGGAGAAUGAUAUCCAACAGAGAAUCCGCUCGGAGAUCGCGGAUGAGGAAGCAGAAGCACCUCGACGAGCUGUGGUCGCAGGUGGUGCGGCUAAGGAACGAGAACCACAGCCUGAUAGACAGGUUGAACAACGUUUCGGAGUCCCGCGACAGGGUUGUGGAGGAGAAUGCUCGGCUCAAGGAAGAAUCUUCCGACCUUCGCCAAAUGCUCACAAACCUGCAGAUUGGCAGCCCUUACAAUAUAAAUGCUUCCACCUUCAGAGAGCUGGAUUCAGAUGUGCCCUGCAUCACGGCCCAUCUCAGAACAUUUGAACAUUAGCACAUUAGCCUACUUUAUGUCCCUUUUGUUUACUCUAAUUGCUAUUCAGUUUUUUAUUAUCCUUCAAAGCACUUCGCCACCAUCUUACAUCAACUUGGCUAACAGAUUAGUCUUUAUCACAUUAAUCCUUCAAAGCACUUCGCCACCAUCUGAUAUCAACUUGGCUAAUAGAGGAGUCUUUAUCACAUUAAAAAUCGAUGCACUCGAACAUGACAAGAGAGAUAAAGAGAAGGGGAUGUAUUCCGCUGGUUGCACGCAAGAGUUUGCGCUUCUCGCCGCGUACACAACUGUAAAAUGUACUUGCAGUUGCAGGUCAUAAUUACUGAGAUAUUUCUUUGUAGCC